AUGGAUUCGGUCAACAUCCUCAUUGAAGCCACAAGUUCAGGGGUCUCUCUCUUUGGGCUCCCAGCUACAGUGUCACUGAAAGAAAACAGUCCUGCAGGGACUGAGGUCAUCCACUUCCAGGUGCUCCUUGCCUCUGGGGCUAGUGUGGCUGCAGGGUUUCCCCAGAUACUCAACUCUGAUCCCAUUACUGAGGCUUUCCUUGUGUCCAUGCAGAAUUCCACCCAUGCAAAGGUAACUGUGACGGGUGCUUAUAUCCUGGAUUUUGAGGUCACACCAAACCGAUUUGUCUUCCAAAUUCUUGUUGUGGACAGCAAUGAAGAUUUUGAUCUUCAGACACUCACAGUAUUACUCACAGAUGUGGAUGAACCUCCAGUUUUCAUGGAUGAAAUAUCAUUCCUCUACAUUGUAGAGAAGACUCCUCCUGACAAGAUCUUUGAGCCAAUUGUUUUUGAUCCAGAAAACAAACCCCUGACUUUCAGUUUGGAUCCUCCUGAUCCCGCUUUCACCAUUGACCCCGGUAAAGGCUCCCUUUUCACUACAAAAGAAUUCAAUUACCAGACCGAUGCCAGAAGUUAUGCUUUCAAUCUCUCAGUGAGUGAUGGGAACAACACAUCAUUCAGACCACUGUUUAUCAAACUAGCAGACCUCAGUGAUGACAAACCACAUUUCUUAAACACCAUCACGUCUUAUUCCAUUCCAGAGGAGCUGAGUCCUGGAUAUCCUGUGGCUAACAUCACUGCAGUCCUUCCAGAGAGUUCAAUGAGUGCUAGAGAAAUCUUGUACAGCAUAAAUGACAACAACUACCUGACCAUAAACCUGUACACAGGAAUGGUCACUAUUGCAAACCGAAUGGACCGGGACACAUCUCCACUCAGAGAAGCACCAACCAUAACAGUGACUGUGACUGCAGCACUGAGCCCACCUGGACCGCCCCUCUACAGCACUAUCAACCUCAUGGUCACUGUAACAGACAUUAAUGAUAACCCUCCAGUCUGUGCUGCUGACAGCCAGAGGAGAGACAUUCCAGAGACAGAGGCUCUUGGGGCUUUUAUAGCGAUGGUGACAUGCACGGAUAAUGAUGUGGAACCUGUGUUCACACAGUUCACCUUUACAGGCCUUUCCUGUCUGGAGUGCAGACAACUCUUUGUGCUAAUGUCCAAUAAAAUUAUCUUAAAUGGAAGUCUUGACUUUGAGGAUCCCAACAAUCUGUAUACAGGCAAUGAAUACAGCCUUGUGGUUGCAGCUGUGGAUACAAAUGAAACCUCACUGAAAGGUCAGGCCUACGUUUACGUGACAGUAAUCCCAGUUAACGAGUUCCCUCCUGUGUUCAGUCCUCAAUCCUAUUUUUUCAGCAUUUCUGAGCUUCUGGGUGGUGGAGCUGUAAUUGGCUCAGUCAAUGCCACUGAUAAAGACCGUCCCACAACACCCCUGCAUUAUUCUCUAGUCUCGGGUGGGGUCGUGGAUAUUGGAAACAUCUUUUACGUGGACCCUAAAAUGGGCAUAAUAACAUUGCUGACACACCCAGACUAUGAGGACACUCAGACACACAAGCUAAUUAUCCAAGCUAUAGAUGGAGAUGUCAUUAUGCCUCGCUCAGCAACAGCCACAGUCAUCAUAAAUAUUACCAAGGCAAACGAUGAGCCGCCAUUAUGUGGGCCAAAUAAGACCAGCCUGGUUGUUCCAAUUAAUUUACGUGUUGGAUCUAAUGUGCAAGGCUUCACUCUCUCCUGUCAGGACAGGGACUCUCCACCCACCUCCUUCAUCUACACCAUCUCAGGAGCCAGCAAUGUGAACAACCACUUCAGUUUUUCACCGUCUGCGGGCACAAACAUCACACGGCUUAUACUGAAGGAGCCAUUUGACUACAGCAGCGGCUGGGACAGGAUUUGGAGCUACAGCCUGGUCGUCUUGAUUUCUGAUGCUAACAUUCUUAGCCGGCGCUACGAGCCAAGGACCGGAACAGUCCUAAUUAACAUCCAAGUUGUUGAUCCAGACCUUACCACAGUCAUUACCUCCACAACACCUGCCAUCACAUACAUCAACAUAAAAAAGAACACGUUUGAUGCAAGUGACUGGUAUGUGUGGUUUCUCACAACCCUGGGCAUUCUUCUUCUCCUGGGCCUUCUGGGUUACUUGUUGUACCGUUCCUGUAAAUAUCUCUGUAACAAAGAAUACAGCUGCUGUGUGUCCAGACCCAUGACUGAUGAGGAAGACCUCAUCCCAGAUAAAGGACCACCUAAAAGAGAGGUCUUCAUGGAAGUGACCAAAAUGAACACAUUGUUUGAUGGAGAGGAAGUUGACCCAGUCACAUCACGGGUGUAUGAGUACAACAGCAAGUCUGGCGCAAGGAGGUGGAAGGAUGCUAUCAUCAUGUCCAAACUACCACAGACCCAACCAGAGAGCAGCACGAUGGUCAUAACCAGGGAACAUGCCACUGAGUCACAGACAAGCAAUGCUCAGUUGAAUGUUAGCUACAAAGAAGGAGCAGCUGAGGACCAAAGCAGCUGUGUGGGUUGGGCUGUGGAGGGGAAGGAGCAGACUCCAAGCAGUGCAGCACAGUCCGGUAGUUCUACUAUAAGUGGACAACAGUCUGUCAAAUUGUCACUAUCUCAGCAAGGAGGAAAGGUAGACAGAGGUCCUGAAGUAACCGAAAUCUCAGAGGUCUAG